CCUCUAGAAGCCGGGAAAGGAAACCAAGGUUGGCGUCCCGAGAGUGAGCGGCGCAUGCCCAGGCCUGUCGGUGUGCCAACUUUUCAAGGAAGUUUUGUGGCAUAGUUUAUUAAUUCAGGUUGGUAGGAGCGCUUCUCUCCUUUUCUGAUCGAGGAUUAAAUUUGGGGUGACGACCGUCGGGCAUUUUAUUCUUGAGGCUUUUCCGAUCUACUUCCGAAUGUGCUGGAGAAAAGAAGGACGAAAAAGGCGAUGAAUGGAGUUGGGCAGGAAGAGCACACAAGCAGAAGAAACCGAGGCUGCAAUGCCAUACACUUAGCUAGGAGUAAAGUCUGUUACACUUAGUAAGGCUUACGCUUGAGGAAACAUGGAUAGGGUUUGCAGUCCCGGUCUUGAAAAUCAUAUGCGUCUGCGAGUAUGAGAGGCGUGAUGCUAAAUGUAAGGGAGGGGGACUUUUUUGAAUGCCCUCCUCCUCUUGCAGACCUGCAGGCUCAUGGCUGGGAGCCCGCUGCCCCACAGGAAGAAGAUAGAAGAAGAGACCCGAUUGGUCCUCGAGGCAUUUCUACAAGGGGCCCUAAGCCAUGGGAAGUCGGGAGCCCCAGGUCAUGUUGGUCGUGCCUACCAUGACCCCCAAAGUUACAUGCACAGAAACCCAAAUGAACAUGCCCAACACUGUCCAAGCUGGACUCCUGUCCAUGAGGAAAUUAACCGUGUGGAAGAGAAAAAACAUGGCUUCCGCACCAGUAUCAAGCAGCUAUUGCGACGACGGACUGGCUCACGAGAUCCUGCUGAGAGCCCUCCUUUCUCUAAGAACUCUUUGAAGCGUCCCAAGGGAGGAGGUGAAGCAGGGGAGGACACCCGCCAGAAACGCACCUUCUCUUUCAAAAACCUCUUGCGGAAGAAAGGCACCGACUCAGGGGAAAUCACAGAUGAUCCGGUGGCUUCACCCCAGCGCCCUGAUUCUUUGCCUCUUGAUGCCUGCUACUGUCAAAAUCAGCCACUCGAGCAACAGGGCAUUGAGGGAACUGAUGUGGAAGGUGCUGAGUUUUAUACUUUAGUGGCCCAGAAACUCGACCACUUGGUGAAACAGCAACAACUGCUCAGCCCUGUGGCUGCCAAAAGCUUGCCCUUUCCUCCAGAGCAGAGCAACACACUUCCCACAGAUGCUGUAUCCAGCACACCAGUUAAUUCAGGAGAACUUCCAAGAGAACUUGAUGAGAAACAAAAAGAACAAAUCCUGCAGAAGCUGAUUGCCCUCCUGGAAGAGCAGGCUGGAGUCUUCAAUAAAGAGAUUGAAGCUGACCCGUUUCUACGCAAUGCCCUCUCCCGCCUGUCCUACCGCAGCUUCUCUCGCUUGGCUGAGGCCUUCACCUCGCGUACUCCGCCGAGUGUCCCCAGCCCUCAGCUGGCCAAGCUGGCUCUCACCAUGGAGCUGACACGGAAAGUGGCUGGUAUCAACAGCCAUACCGUACACACCCUCAUGGGCUACAGUCUGCAAUAUAUGGACAUGUUUGUUCCUUGGCUUCAGCAGCAAGGUGGCUGGGAGAGCAUUGUGGCCCAGGAGGAGAUAUUUGACCUGCAGCUGGACUAGCUAUGAGCCAGUUUUAUGACACUUAUACAGAGGAGCGUAUGUUCUUCGAAGUUGUUUGAAGAAAUUGACAGUUAAGUUAGUAACUUGUUUGAGUUAUCCAGGAAAUCUCAUCUUGUCUCAUUCCAGCAAAUUAAGGAAGAAACGUUUGGCCUAGCAGCCAUGAGUGGAAUGUAACUUUUAACUCUAUUACUGUGAUCUAGAAAUCUGCAUUAAGUAGUUCUGAAUGUGUGUGUUUGGAGUGAAUUGGAGAAAUGGCAAUAUUACUCUUAUUGGCAUGUUGUAUUUAUAUGGAAGAUAUCUUCCGGAAGGGCUUGAUGUUUUUUCUUUUUAUAUUUAACAUCUGGAGAAGCAGUUUAAGGCUCACAGAUGAAAGAAGUAGGCAAAAACAAGGAAUUGGAGUACGAAAUGUUUAGAAUUUCAUGUUCUUAAGGCACUUGGAUAGUGACUUAUUAGGUGUAUACAAUCUUAUUGACCAAAAAAGCCAUUGCCAACGUUUGCCCUCUAGACUACAAUUCCUGUUAUCCCAGACUGUUAGCUAGGAUGUGUAGGAAUGAUGAGACCACUACACAAAUAGAAUGGACUGAGUCCUACUUCCAGUUCUGUUCAAAUGUUUUUGAUUUGAAGCAGAUAAUUUGUAAUGUAACUGUGUUCCUUUGGAUGGCUACUUGGAAAUGUGUAACUAAAUUUGGUGCUGCAUCAUAGUUUUACCUAACUGUGCAUAAUAUUAUAACCUAAGGAAGUCUGAAGGACAUCUUGUUCUAUUAUGAACUUGUUCAAUGUUGAGACAUUUCUUUUCUAGGGAUCCCCAUGAGGUGACACAGGAGAAGGGUGGCACCUCUUCUUUAGGAUGCCUUGCUUUUGUCAUGUGAGACCAAGUGAAAUUCUUAUUUGUUUGUCCAAGCAAACAACAAGGAGUUUUAAAAAGAACUCAAUCUUAGCUUUACUUUCAAUGCCUGAAUUUUUUUUCUUCACCUGUUCUAUACUUAUUUUAUUUGUGGUUUUAUUGCUCGCUAAAGGUUUGGGAAUUCCGGGAAUAUUUGGGGAUUGAAAACUGGAGACAGACAUAACAGGAAUGAAACAACUAAACCCCCUACAACACUAAAUUGCAAGUUGCUCCUGUUAAAAGCUCCAGAACCAAAUUUCAAAUAAAUAUACAUAGGAUGGAGUUGCAAAUCUCUGAAAAUAAUUUAGACUUCAAACUCAGGAAUAUGGGACUAUUUCUGUGGAGCAUUGGUGACAAUAUUGUGUUUGUUUUUAAAUAAAGCUUUAAUUUCAAAAAUA